CGUACUGUACUUUCUUUAUGCGCCUCGGGAGCUGCAGACUUUGGUUCUGUUUCUUCCCUGCAAGGACACAGACACAGAUCACAUCUUUGAGCCUCCACAGUCAUCAUGAAACAAGCUGAACUUUGACCCGUCACGUGACGCCCAAGCUUGGAGAGGAAAGCUUUUCUUUGUGCUCCCUGGUCUCUGCACUCCACAGAAUGAAGAGCACUAAGUUUCUGGACCUUUUUGGGCGCCUUAAAUCUGUGGUUAUUGGAAUGAUUCAUGUGAAAGCUUUACCAGGCACACCACUGAGUUGUCUGAAAAUGUCCCAAAUCACUGAAGAGGCGUGCAAGGAAGCAGAAAUCUACCGCAAUGCAGGGAUUGAUGGUUUGAUCAUCGAGAACAUGCAUGAUAUCCCGUACUCCUUCUCCGUGGGCCCCGAGGUGUGUGCCUGUAUGACUGCAGUGUGCUCUGCUGUGAAGAGCGUCUGUCCAUCCAUGCCGCUUGGAGUGCAGAUACUGUCCUCUGCAAACCAGCAGGCCCUGGCUGUCGCUCUGGCUUCAGGUCUGGAUUUCAUCAGGGCUGAGGGCUUCGUCUUCUCUCACGUGGCAGAUGAAGGCCUCCUGAACGCCUGCGCUGGAGACUUACUGAGAUACCGCAAACAGAUCGGAGCUGAGCAUGUGCAGAUCUUCACUGACAUCAAAAAGAAGCACAGCUCCCAUGCCCUGACAUCAGAUGUGAGCAUAGAGGAGACGGCGCGUGCUGCAGAGUUCUUCCUCUCAGACGGACUCAUCAUAACAGGAACAUCCACAGGAGUGCAGGCUGACCCUCAGGAGCUCAGAGGCGUUUCCCAGUCUGUGAGAAUGCCCGUGCUUAUAGGCUCUGGUGUGACUUAUGACAACCUUGAGCGGUACAUCGAAGCAAACGGGAUGAUCAUUGGCUCUCAUUUCAAGAAGGGUGGCCACUGGGCCAAUGCAGUCGACCCAGAGAGUGUGGAGAGGUUCAUGAGAAAGAUGUGUGAGAUACGGAAAUGAGAGGAAAGGUUACCUGACCUCAGGGAUAAUGUAGAGUGAGCUGGUGGUUUCUAUACAAUAUACUACUUAUUACCUUGAUAGUAACUAAAUAUAUGAACAGGUGUUUGAUUUAAGAUGAUUUAUGUAUGAAGCUAAAAAAAAUAGUUAGUGCUAUCAAGAAUCAUGGCCAUUUUAUUUAUCAUCAAGACUUCACAUUUAGUUGGUUUUGGCAAGUUCUCCUCUCGUCUUUGUUUCCUUGCUGGUGACUGGUCAGCCACUAACAUCAAAUGUUAAGUUAGUUUCUCUCUGAAUAUAUACUUUGCAAUAAUAAAAAUACGACCUGGGUGAUCUUUUUGUCUCUCACAUUGAUUUUGCUAUUCAGAAUUAGAUACCUUUGUCAAAUUCA